AUGCGUCAAUGCUGUUCGUCUUGUAGUCCUCUCAUUAGCUGAAAGCCGCCGCUCCUCGUCCCUCCGCUACGCCGCUGCUUGCUUCCGCCCCUUCAGUGCCGGGCAUCGCCUGCCUCCCUCCGCAGUCUGCACGAGCCAGUUUUUGUGCUGCGUCGUAGGCCGGUGGCUUGGCACCCCUGCAACCCAGGUCGGGUCCACGGCGACAAGAGUUCGUGGAGGGAAGACGGUGGAAUAGUGGAGCUCAUCCACAGCUAAGGCAGACUUUGGGUGGAGCUCGAUCUCUGCCUCUCUGGUGCCCAUCGAUUUGGUGGACUCGAUUAUUGGGGCGGUGGAUUUAAUGCUUGUCCGUGUGAGAAAUUGAAGCAGGCAGGAGAGAUGCAUGCUGCUUGCUUGCUCUGUUCAGAGAUGCCGGAUUUGAGCAGGUGCGGUGCAGAGCGGCGGCAGCUCGCAGUGGACGGCGGACGGCCGGCACUGGCGAGUGUGGCCUUCUACGAGCAUCCGGCACCUGAGCUCGGACUCCUAUGUGCGUAGCGGCCGGGAGGAACUCGGCCUUGGUAUCCUUUGCCCGGAGCUUCAACUCCUCUGCGUGCGGUGGGCCGGUGGUGCACAGCCGAGCGGAGGGACGAAGGCCGUGAGCUAGACGAAUGGCUUCCGUGAUGGAAUGCUAUUUUCAGGAAUGAUGGAGUGAGCGAGCGUGCAUGGGAUGAUGAUGAUUUCUGCCCUCCAACACUAUAGUGAUCAGCUUGCUUUUUAGUGGGCUAAAACUUGUUUAAAUAACAAAUGGAACAUGACAGGUGCAAGCUAAACUUAAACCUCAUUUAAUAUUUAUAUUCGAAGUAUUUCUACCAUGCUCCACAUAUUAAUUGCAGGAAUAAGGAGCCUGGACGUGCAUAGAGAGGAUGGACCAUUCAGCUACCAUGCGAAUCAGUUGUGGCUGUGCAAAACAAAUAAAUUCGUGAGUUAGGAAGACAACCAGCCACCAAACUGCUGCUUCACACACGCAUUAAAAUAGAAGAUGAAGACCAACCAUGCAAAGUGCUCCACUAGGAUAUCAAUGCAAGGACUGCUGCAACUUCCCACUACAAGUUCUCAAUUAAGUCUUAAUCUGAACUGAAAUCCGCACUAGUGUUUAUGUGUUAUAUAUAUCCAUGUAAUAGUCAGCAUAAAGAACUUUUGGCUGCCAAUUCCGAAAUACAAACACUUUGAGUUCUCCUUUGAAUGUGAGUCUUGAGAGGCUUGCAGACUUGUUCUUUCGAUUCCUGAGGGAGUUGUAGAACGCCAAACUGUGGUUCACCCAGUUUGUGCCUUCAAGUCUACACGGCGUGAUUGCGUGGGCUGUUUUGUUGGUACGUGGAAGGGUGAUUGUCUCGGUAGUUUGUCGCGUGUGCAGACUCGCGGUGCGCUGCCUCUUCACCAGGUCACGCAACGAUAGUUAUCAGAUUGGAUCCUUCGAGAAGAUCGGGACACAACUUCGCUCACGCGUGAUCUGCACGCGUGCAUCUGUCAUCUGGUAUCAAAGCCUCCGUUGACUCGGUAGGAUCAUUCUUGCUUCUGGUAGGAUAGAUUUUUAUAUACCUACAGUCCACAAAAGCCACAAAAAAAUAGACCUAUCGCCUCUCAUUUGUGCAGCUGAUUCGUAGUUUGCAUUAUCGAGUUUUCAAUCCUUAGAGACUUGUCUAGUUGCUAAUUUCAGUUGGUCUGAUCUCUCCUAAUCUGAUUUUUUUUUAUUUUUUUUCUUUCUUUCUCCACGUCUUGCUGACCUUUACCCUUGAUCUGAUCUUCAUUUGUUCUUUGAAACUUCUAAAAAAAAACCACCCAUCCCACCCUUGCUUGGUUCCACAUCGGGCACGCAUUCAGCACCAGAAUUCUUGUUUCUUAUGCUGCCAUCCUUGAUUAAAAAUGGUGUAUCGUAUUUGUGAAAAGGUACUGAAAAAAAAAGAGUUGGAAGAAAGAAAGGAAACUAGUGGUUCAGUUGACAAAAAAAAAGAGAGAGAAAGAAUUCUGUAAAAAAAAACAUCAAGGAGACGUAUGGGUAUUUGCAAGACAUAAGGGGUUUCAGCAGCAAUUUGUUUGGUGCCAAUUGUUCCCUUCAGUCCACUUCUUUUACAUUUGGUCCUUUCCUUUCCACCUAUUUUUUUCUUGUGAUCAGAAACUUCGACUCGUGUUCACUUGUGGAUUAUUAUUCGAUUUUGCAUCUCUACUUUUCAGUGCACUACACAUAUAUUUUACCGCACCAAACUCCACUCAAAGCAUCGUGAGCUGUUGCACCAUCGUCUCUGGAACAAUCACUCUUCCACUGCAGAUUGCUGCCCCGGCUCUUGACCUUUCAGGAAGAGAAAGAACUUGUUCAUUAAGUGAUGAGGGAGUGUUCCACAUAUAAACAUUUUUUUUCUUUUACUACUCUAACAUGGGUGACCAAGGUGGUCCUAUUUCUGCUGCAGAGUUUCAGGAUAUGCGUGAACAAAUGAACCAAUUGAGACAACAGCUACAAGCACUUCAAUGUAACCUACGCCAUGCACCUAAUAGGGAGGAUCAACAUGAUGAUGGAGAACAUGUAGAGGACGAUGAUCCUGCUGCCUUGGAGGCUGAGGCUGCACGUCAUGCCGCUGCAGGAGGCGGUGGCCACGGACAUGGUGCUGGUGGUGGUCAUGGUGCUGGUUUUGGCAAUUUUAGUGUACCUAAUAUGUGGCCACAAUUUUUUGGUCGUGCACGUCGUGUUCCUAUUAUUGGCACUGCAGAUUUUGACAGUGAUGCUGAUUUUGAUUAUCAAAACGACCAUCUAGCAGGGCACUAUGGUAACCAUGGUGGUCAUGAUGAUGAUCAUGGAGGUGCUCCCUUUGGUCAUUUUGGUGCUUUUGGUAACCACCAAUUUGCUGGUAAUGAUGGCCACCGUGAUCGGCGUCAUGGAGCUCCUGACCGCCGCCAUAAUGAUGAUGGUUUGGGCGAAGUUAAAGUGAACAUACCUGCAUUUACCGGCAAGGAAAAUGCUGAUGCUUAUUAUGAGUGGGAGACCAAGGUGGAUCAGAUAUUUGAUUUAUAUGAAUACCCAGCUGAGAAGAAAGCAAAAUUGGCAGCAAUUGAAUUCAGAGGUUGUGCCAUCACAGGGGGAAUCAAGUACGUGCAGAAUUCCAUCGUGUGGGACAUGAUCAUAUCACUUGGGAAGACAUGAAGAGGGAAAUGAGACAUUUUGUUCCUGCAUAUUAUUCUCGUGACUUACAUUUGUAGCUGAAACGCCUUGUGCAAGGUGAUAGAAGCGCUGAUGAGUAUUUACAAGAAAUGGAAAUGUGCCUCCUUCGUACAGGGAUAACUGAGGAUGAAGAAUCCACCAUGGCUCGUUUCUUGGUUGGACUAAAUAAGCCAAUGGCUAACAAAGUGGACAUGACCAGUUACACCAAUCUCACGGAAUUGGUGCAUUUUGCUAAAAGGGCUGAAUGACAGUUGGCUGAUUCUUAUAAUAAGAGUCAUGUCUCAUUUCCACUAAUAAUAGUAAUACUCCAUGGUGCAACCAACAACAGCAAGGGUCUGGGGUCCACACAUCUUCUGCCACUUCUACUCCAUCUUGUGCAGCCCCUCGUUCAGUUUCAGGUUCUGCAAAAACAAAUUGAUGCAAAAGGCAAAACUGUGAAUUCCAGUCAGUCCAACUCCUCCAAUGCUACAGCCUAGAGGAAGAUGAGUAAGAUUGAGUGUUGUAAGUGUGGUGGUCAUGGGCAUAAGCAAGCUGAAUGCCCCAACAGGCGUGCUAUUAUAGCACUUGCUGAUGGUUCUUAUGAUUCUCAGAGUGAAGAGGAG